AUGACGAAGCUGCUGUACAUAAUGCUGUGCGUAUGCGCAGUUGCAAGCAUCCCUGAAACCACUACUUUCCCCCCUACUCCGGAGGACCCACCAACGGUGACGAAGGAGAAAUGUGACUUGGAGACGAACAACUUCUGCGGUGUCUUCAACAACACGAAUCCUCAGCAUCAUAAUUUAGUUCUGGAGACGUGGAGAGAGAAGUCCUGUACGCAUAUGGAGCAGACAGUUUCAUUAUGGUCUUCAGCUUUACUGGCCUGUACAUCUUACCCUCGCUCAUUCGUGCUUGCUAUGCACAGUUCAUAG